UUUAUAUAGGACCACACCUUCAAACUUUCAUAUAAUUUCUUUGAAAGAUUUAAGACAUAUUGCCCCUCUCCUUCCUUCUUCACUCCGCGUUAUAUAAAGACGAUGACAUUAUUUUUAGUCGACGUAGUAUGAAAGAAGCAGCAGAGCAGGGAUGAGAGGUUGCCAUGAGACACGCUCUUCAUCUUCUUGUGCAGCCUGCAAAUUGCUGAAGAGACGAUGCACGGCCACUUGCAUAUUCGCGCCGUAUUUCCGGUCCGACGAGCCAAAGAAAUUCGCCAAAGUUCACAAAGUGUUCGGGGCCAGCAACGUGAGCAAGAUCCUGACGGAGGUGCCGGAGGAGCAGAGGGAGGACACGGUGAACUCGCUGGCUUAUGAGGCAGAGGCGCGGCUGAGGGACCCUGUUUACGGCUGCAUAGGCGCCAUUGCUCUGUUGCAGACCAAAAUGGUGGAGCUUCAGCAUGAUCUGGCCCUCGCCAGAGCUCGUCUCGCUCGUUAUGCUAAUAAUUCUAAUACUAAUAACAACUCUUGUUCUUCUUCGGCUUCUUGUUCUUCCUCGGGUGUUUUGGACGAUUGUGUUGUUAAUAUGUCUUAUGGUGGAUUCAGCAUCGCUGGUCAGAGUCAGAGUUCAUCUGAAAUCACCCAAUUGGGGUAUUUAUGUGACUUCACCCAUUUUCCCUAUCCAUUUAAAGCUUGAACUUUCUCAUCUCUCAGUUUCUGUGAUCAGUUUCUUUUUGCCUUUUCGUUUCUGUAUAAAGAAUUCAAUCCCAACUCAAUUCCCAUUGAGAUUUUUCUUUUCCUUUUUA